AACUAGAUAUUAAAGAUUUGCUCUAAUGGCUUCUUGUGACACACCUGAUGCGUUUGCUUGGCUUCAAUCUCUUCCUCCCCUCCCUCAAUGGAAAAGAAAUUCAAUGUCCAUGUGUAUUUGCUCUCCAAAUUCAUCACACCCAUCUUUGAACUUCUCUCUUGCUCGUACCCCUCAAUCUCCAAACUUUUACUCCUUCUCGAUAGUAGCCAAUUUCAAGAUUCCUAUUACUCUCUUUGUUUCAAAACCUUUCAGAACUAUUGGUACUAAUUCAACUAAUUUCCUCAAUGAAAAUGUCAUCUCUACUCUAUUGAUGGGUUUUGUCGACGUAGUUCUCAACUAUAACGUCAAAAGAACCACUUGUUCAAUCCAACUCCAAACCCUAGGUUCCACUUCUAACCUAAAAGACGUUUUCAACCUCGCUUUCUUCACUUUCGUGUUCCUCAUCUGCAUCUACGAGGCACCAACGAGCCUACGAACAACUUGUCUCAAAACAGUGAAAGAUCAGCUGGUAACUUGUAGGUCAAGGCAGGGCUCUAAGUUGCUCAUGGUGCAACUAGGCUCUAACCUUGAAGAACAAUGGAUGAGAUCGCUGAACCUUGCAAUAACCAACUGGAUCAUCGAGAUCAAAGCGUUUCAGCAUCUUAAGUCUCCUUCUCCUUUGUUUUCAUAUGCUUUCUCGACUCAAGGUCUAUGGAAAGUUCAUAUGUAUUGUCCUGUGGUAGCAAUGGAAAUGGAGAGCGUAAAUAGUUCUCUAAACGACGAGAGAUUGUUCUUCUCGCUCAACUAUCAUCAACUUGAGGGUGUAAUCCAAUUCAACCACAAGAUUUACGUUCGUGAAAAGUGGUUUAACAUCGCAGUGAAUAUUGACAACGUCAGGUGCGACAUAAUAAGGCUUGUGAACGAGAAACUUCUAUCGGAACGUGGCAUGGGAACAGAGGAAAAACAUUUUCCUUCAAGAAUAUCAUUGCAACUAACACCAACGAAUCAAUCAAACAUCUUAAUGGUCUCUGUACAAAAAUCUUCAGAAAACCCAUUGACAGAAUUCGAAGUAGAGAAAGGCAUAGAAGCAACAAUAGAUCCACCAAACACAUUCUUUGGACUCAAAGUCUCAGCCAACGAGACCACAACAAAAAGCAUGAAGCCAUGGAAGUUCGAGGAAUGGGUACAUGGUUAUAGCGCCAAUCUCACUUGGUUUCUACAUGAUCUUGACGAUGGAAGAGAAGUUUCAUCCUCUAAACCAUCGAAGGUCUCGAUGGUGAACCCUCGAGCUUGGUUCAAGAACAGGUACUCGAGCGCGUUUAGACCGUUCACGAAACAAGGAGGAGUCGUGUUUGCAGGAGAUAGUUAUGGGCAAAGCGUUUUGUGGAAAGUAGAUAAAACGGCUGUUGGGAAAGUAAUGGAGUUUGAGCCCACGACCAAUGGGCUCUUGCCUUCUCAAUCUUCUUCCUCCUUCCCGUUUCCGAGAUUCCGCGGCCAACUUCCGAUUACCUUCUCAGCCAAUAAUAAUCAGAAGAAGAAGUAUCUCUCAAAUCCAAACGUCUUUACUCUUUGUCUCCACUCUGAUUCCAAUGUCUCCUCCUCUCAAAUCGCCGUCACUCGCCGCGCAAUUCUCGUCGCACCACCGCUCCUCGCCGCCGCUGCUUCGGUUUUUCUUUCUAUUUCCUCAGCCGCCUCUGCUGAGACUUCGACGGAAUCAGUAGCUCUUCCUCCUCCUGUUGCCACUGCUACUCCUCCGCCGCCUGUGGAGAAGGAAGAGUCGAUAACUUCUAGCAUCUAUGACGCGUCUGUGCUUGGUGAGCCGAUGGCUGUUGGGAAAGAUAAGAAGAGAGUGUGGGAGAAGCUAUUGAAUGCGAGGAUUGUCUAUCUCGGAGAAGCAGAACAAGUGCCUACAAGAGACGAUAAGGUUCUCGAGCUCGAAAUCGUGAGGAAUUUGAGGAAGCGAUGUAUUGAGAGCGAUCGUCAGUUAUCUUUAGCAUUGGAAGCAUUUCCUCUUGAUUUGCAAGACCUGUUAAACCAAUACAUGGAUAAGAGGAUAGAUGGAGAGGUAUUGAAGUCGUACGUGUCACAUUGGCCCCCUCAACGUUGGCAAGAGUAUGAGCCUCUGUUAAGUUACUGCCGCGAUAACGGAGUUAAACUCAUUGCUUGUGGUACUCCGCUCAAGGUUUUAAGAACCGUCCAAGCUGAGGGAAUCCGUGGUCUAUCAGAGUCUGAGCGUAAAUUAUACACUCCUCCUGUGGGUUCAGGGUUUAUCUCAGGGUUUACUUCCUUCUCACGUACUUCUUCACUCAAUAUGAAUCCACUCACACAGAUUGUUCCAUUUGGACCGAGCUCUUAUUUGUCGGCGCAAGCUAGAGUUGUCGAAGACCAUACUAUGUCACAAGUUAUUUUACAAGCAGUUGCAGAUGGAGGUGGAACUGGUCUGCUGGUAGUGGUGACAGGGGCAAACCAUGUUGAGUAUGGGUCAAGGGGAACAGGCUUGCCUGCAAGGAUCUCUAGGAAAAUUCCCAAGAAAAGUCAACUUGUUGUAUUACUUGAUCCUGAAAGGCAGUUCUUGCGGAAAGAGGGUGAAUCUCCAGUUGCUGAUUUCUUGUGGUAUUCUGCGGCCAGACCCUGCAGCAGAAACUGCUUUGACCGAGCAGAAAUCGCUCGUGUAAUGAAUGCAGCUGGUAGGAGACGAGAUGCCCUUCCCCAAGACAUUCAAAAAGGAUUAGACCUUGGUCUGGUGUCACCUGAGAUUCUGCAGAAUUUCUUUGAUUUGGAGCAAUAUCCUCUUAUUUCAGAGCUUACACAGCGGUUCCAGGGUUUCCGAGAAAGGUUGUUGGCAGAUCCCAAAUUCUUGAAUAGAUUAGCUAUUGAAGAAGCUAUAUCGAUAACAACGACACUUGUAGCUCAAUAUGAGAAGCGGAAAGAAAACUUCUUUGAAGAACUCGACUAUGUUAUUACUGAUAGCGUAAGAGCAUCAGUUGUUGAUUUUUUCACAGUUUGGCUGCCUGCACCAACCUUGUCUUUUAUCUCAUACGCUGAUGAGACAAUUGGACCAAACAGCAUAGAUGCCCUAAAAGGCCUCCUAGGAUCCAUACCUGACAAUGCAUUUCAAAAAAGUCUUGGUGGACAAGAGUGGACUCUGAAUCUUAGGAUUGCUUCAGUUAUUGUCGGUGGCUUGAAGCUUGCUGGUGUUGGAGUUGUUUCCAGUUUUGCAGCUGUGGGAUCUUCAAAUGCUUUGUAUGCAAUACGAAAAUUCAUUAAACCAGAGUUGGGUGUUGGUGAGCAAGCAAAGAGGUCUCCUAUGCUGAAGACGGCCCUUGUGUAUGGAGGUUAUCUGGGAACAUCUUCAAAUAUCCGUUAUCAGAUAAUCGCUGGGUUAAUAGAGCAUCGCAUUUCUGACGAGCUUUCUUCUCAACCUCUACUUGUAAACAUGAUUUCAUUUGUUGUUCGAGUAGCUAACUCCUACUUUGGAACUCAGCAAUGGAUUGAUCUUGCGCGCUCUACGGGUCUGCAGACUCAGAAAAGUGUCGCAACUUCCAACCAAAUCCCCGAGGUUGCGAGCCAAUCUACAGUGGAAUACAGUACAACUGAAGAGGCAAGUAUCGAUGAUCUCAAGAAUCAAUGAUAUUUAUGCGGCUAUGUGUCUAGGUACCAACUGGUAUAUGUUUAUAAAAGCUUUUUGGUCGUAUUGGAGGGAAAUAUAUAUUCAUUUGAGUUGUAUUUUGUAUCUUAGCUUAUGGGAAAUAAUGAUUCGUGAAUAAAAUCUCUUCAAUUAG